AUGGGCGACAUACACCAAGAUGAGAAGAGAAAGAUCACCCAAGAGGAAGAAGACCAAAUAUGGUCUUGGAACGCUACACUGCCGCCAACACCUCACCUCACAAUUAUUCAAGUGUUCUCCGCACAAGUCAACCGCUCCCCUAACGCACCCGCCGUUGACGCUCCAGACGGUUCGCUAACAUAUGCGCAACUCAACGACUACUCAACGCGCCUAGCUCGACAUCUCCGCACCGUACUCACAGACAUCACCGCUGAUGAAAUCGUUCCAAUCUGUUUCGAUAAGUCCAUCUGGCUUGUUGUCUGCAUGAUGGCUGUAUCGAAAGCGGGAAUGGCGUAUACAACGCUUGAUCCUGGUAAUCCAACGGAGCGAUUACAUGCGUGUCUGGCCACGAUCAGUCCCCGGGUGAUGCUAGUAGAGGACAAGUUCAAGGAGAAAUUUUCUGGAGAUGGUGGGAUGAAGUUGGUGGCGAACGUACUCGACAUAUGCAGCAGCGGCUCUGACGUUGGAACGAACGACGAAGUUGACCUGCCCGUUGGCCUACCCCACGAUCUUGCCUACGUGUGUUUCACGUCUGGGUCCACGGGUUUGCCCAAGGUAGUUAAGCAUACCCAAAGCAGUGCGGUUUCGAACGUCGUUCAUGGUCACGGCUACGCGGCUACAAGCCGCGUUCUGAACUUUGCCUCCCAGGCUUUCGCUGCCAGCGUCGUUACUACCUUGAAGACUUUGUGCAACGGUGGUUUACUGGUCCUUCCACCAGAGCGAGAGCGCAUGGGCGGUAUAGCAAGCUUCAUCACUAGGAAGCAGAUCACACGGACAUUCCUUACGCCCACGCUGUUGAAUCUGCUGAAACCGGAGGAAGUGGCUUGCUUACAGUUCUUGACUGUAGGCGGUGAGCCUGUUACCCAACGCCUCAUUGAUAUCUGGGCGCCGCGGCUAUCACUUGUGGAGGCCAUUGGUAUGACUGAGGGUGUCGGUAUUGCCAACGCCAUCGAUGUCAGUGGGAAGAAGUGUCGAGCGCGACAGUUUAUGACGGGCUGUGCAUGGAUAGUGGAUCAAGACGAUACAGAUACGCUAGCGCCGAUUGGGGAAACAGGAGAGCUACUUUUCGAAGGACCAGCAUUGUGUCAGGGGUAUCGAAACGAUCCAGAAGCUAAUGCGAAGGCAUUUAUUGUAGGGCUGCCGACCUGGGCGAAAAAGAGGGGAGGGGAGCGACCGAGGACGUUAUUUCGGACAGGAGAUCUGGCGAAAUAUGUGGAGGAUGGUGUUGUCCAGAUCGUGGGGAGGAAAGAUACGCGUGUCAAGCUGCACGGGCAGCGUUUCGAGCUGGGAGAGGUGGAGAAGUCCAUGUUAGACUGCCUUCCGUCGGGCAUGACUGUUGCGGCGGAGGUUGUGGAGCCGACGAAUGGUACUGGACCUAUGCUUGUUGCUUUUAUUCAUGGCCUGUCGGCGGACUUCUCCAGCGGAGUUAAGCGGUUGAGAGAGAGACUAACGAUUACCCUACCGGAUCAUAUGGUACCGCGCGGAUUUGUGGAGCUUAAAGAACGACCACUGAACCCAUCCGGAAAACUCGAUCGGAAACUGUUGCGCAAACAAGCUGCCGAUAUGCCACUGAUCGAAUUGGUGAAGCACACUGGUUCUUUGGAUAAGGCAGCGCCAGUAACUUCGCAAGAGAAAACGAUGCAGGGUUUAUGGGCUAUUGUGCUGGGUCUUCCCAUGGAGUACAUUGGAUUGCAGGAUGAUUUCUUUCAUCUCGGCGGAGACUCUCUGCACUGUAUCAAGUUGAUCGCGGAAGCGCGGAGGGAGCAGAUUGGGCUUUCUAUCGAAGAUAUCCUCGAACACCGAACCCUCCAGGCCAUGAGCAGAUCAGCCAGUUUCGGGGUGGAUGUCCUGUCGACCAAGUCAGAAAGCGAAGAACUAACGUACAGGAUAAGUGACAUCGCCCCAAGUAUCGCACAGGAAGAUGUCGAAGAUAUCGCUCUAGCAACGGAUUGGCAAGCUUGGUGUAUCGGUCAAGGUCUGCUCAAGUCGCAUGGCUGGCAUGACUACAUGAUCUUCAAGUUCUCUAAAGCGCUGGAUGUUGAGAAGUUGCGGUAUGCUUGCCGACAGCUCAUAGACCGGCACGCGCUUUUACGGACAGUCUUCGUUGCAAAGGCAAGGAAGACCUUCCAGGUUAUCCUGAAUUCUAAGGCUUAUCCCUUCCACUUCACCGUGAUACAGGCGAGCGACGGUCAGAACGUGGAUGAGCUUGUCAAAAACACCACCCAGCAGGACUUGAAGCGACACACGCAACUCGGUGAUUGUUUGGUAACAUUCACCCUAGUAGAAGAUCCCACAGAGAACACACACCAACUGGUCCUCCGAAUCUCUCACGCUCAGUACGAUGCACUAAGUCUUAACAAGCUGUGGCGAUCACUCGAAGCGCUGUAUCUUGACAAGUCGUUGCAAGUCGUCCCCUUCACCAAAUUCUGCGCGGAAGCGUCUCUAGCAAGCAAGGAUUCCGAAUCCUUUUGGAAAGAGGCCUUGGCUAACAGCGCGAUGAGCGAAGUUUGCCCUCACACCCGUCCUAGCGCUGACUGCCCCAUCAACAGCGCCGUCAAAACAUCUGUUCCGUUAGUGGAACUAAAGACGUCCGGUUAUACGAGUGCAACAACCGUUCUUGCCUCCUGGUCAGUCGUACUAUCGAAGCUCACGCGUCAGGACUCGACUGUAUUCGGAUACAUCACUUCCGGAAGACAUCUUCCUAUGCCUGGUGUCUCAGAUGUCCUCGGGCCAUGCAUGAACAUCUUACCUUUGCGUGUCGAUGUUACGUCAACUGCGCACACUUCCUCGCUUCUCAGCUCAAUUCAGACCAACUACCUAAAGUCACUCCAGCAUGGCCAUCUUGGACACUACCGCAUCAUUGAGAACUGCACCAACUGGCCUCGUUGGACGCGCUUCUCUACGGUAGUGAACCAUCUCAGCUUCGAGCUUGUCAAGCCGCCGUUCUUUGAACUUGGCGAGUGCGCGUUCAGCGUACAUGAACCGGAACAUGACAAGGCUGAUCUUUGGCUGCAGACCUUUGCUCGUGAUGAUAAACUGGAGGUCGAACUGAGAUACUCAACACAAGCGUUCUCGGAGGAUUGGGUAAAGACGGUGCUAGACUACUUUGUCAAAGUGUACCAGCAGUUGCCUAAUGUAUUGGAACGACAACUGUCAGAGACCCUUCCCCAGCUCGGUGUGGCUGCACCCCUAAAUCAUAUGAUCAACCAUGAUCAGCUAACGAAGAAGGUAACAAUGCCGGAGACAAAACAUCCCAAGGCGUUGGAAGAACUGGUCUUGUCGGCUUGGGAGUCAGUUUUGGGAUUGGACUUCAGGUCACAUCCUGGAUUUACAUACCAGACACCAUUUUAUGAGAUCUGGGGUAAUAGCAUCGCCGCUGCAGCGUUCGCUUCCGAAUACUCUGAGAGGGGUUUUGCUAUGAGUAGUGAGGAUGUGCUUGGUUGUCCGUCUGUCGCAGAGACCAUUGUGAUUUUGCUACUCCGUACGAAGGACGAUACAAAGAAAGUUAGUUAG